UGAGGAUUGGAGCUACAGCCUAUAAGGAUGUAGGUCGGAGGAAAAAUGAGAUAUUUUGAAUAGUGAGUAGGACAUGAAUGUCCUUCAUUUAGCUUGUUUUCUCACUUUUAAUAAGAAAAUGAUUUUUCCCAUUUAAUUAAUUUAUUUUUCAAAAAAAAUUAACCAACAAAACACGAAAAAAUUGAAAAUAUACAACCUUACUAUAUUCUUAACACACUCUUAAGACCUAUAUAUGGAACCUUUUACAAGAAGUUCUUUUAGUUUACAUAAUAUUUCAACACUAUGCAGCUUAGGCAAGUCGCUCUGCUUUCUUGCGAACUCCCCUUUUUUAUUUCUUUUGUGCUAAUCUUGACAUUAGCCACCUCCCAAAUUAUCCCCACUAACACCACUUCUCCUCCACCCACUACCACUCCUCCUCCUCCUCUUCCUCCGUCCACAAACACCACUUCUCCGCCAACCAAUGCAACCGCGCCUACCAGGACAAUCACAAAAGCUGCUACCAUUACAAAACCAGGAUGUCCAAAACAGUGUGGGAACCUUACAGUUCCAUACCCUUUCGGGAUUGGCUUAGGAUCUGGUUGUGGCUUAAACCCGACUUUCGAAAUCAACUGUGACAGUAACACAACAGGUACUCCGACACCCUUCAUAGGGAACAUUCAAAUCUACGACAUAUCUGAUGCCGAAAUGCGUAUAUCAAAUUUCAUAAAUACCAAGUGUUACUCACAAACAGGAGUUCUGAUUCAAGAUUAUCCUGCUUGGAUGGUUUUAGGAUCAAGUCCUUACAGUUUUUCUUCCCUCAACAGAUUCACUGUGGUUGGUUGUGAUGAUGGUGCUGUAAUGACAGGACGUAACUUUGCUAAUGGUUGCCCCGCUCUGUGCAGCAGCACCAGUGAUGUAACUAAAGGAAAAUGUAUGGGUUUUGGUUGCUGCCAAUUAACAAUACCUAAAGGCUUGAAAUAUUUCAAUACAUCAAUGUUAACUACAAGAAAUCACAGCUUAGUUUGGUCGUUUAAUCCAUGUGGCUAUUCGUUUCUUGGUGAGGCCAGUCGAUUCGAGUUCGGGGGUCUAGCGGAUCUCAGUGAUGCUAAUUUUGCAAAGAAGAUUAGGGAUAAUGUCCCUAUUGUGCUAGAUUGGGCCAUUGAUAAUAUUACUUGUAUCGAAGCACAAAAACGUAACGAUUAUGCUUGCCUCAAUAAUAGCCAGUGUGUUGAUUCCGACACAGGCCUUGGUGGCUACCGGUGCAGCUGUAACUCGGGAUAUGAAGGCAAUCCAUACAUAGGCUCUGGAUGCCAAG